AUGAAAUGUAUCUUUCAUUCUUUUUUGAUAGUGGGAUUGGAUGCUGCUGGCAAAACUACUAUACUUUAUAAAUUAAAACUGGGGGAAGUUGUUACAACGAUUCCCACCAUUGGUUUCAAUGUGGAGACGGUAGAAUACAAAAGCAUCAGUUUCACCGUGUGGGAUGUCGGCGGACAGGACAAAAUCAGACGGUUAUGGAAACACUAUUUUCAGAAUACACAAGGUCUCAUUUUCGUGGUGGAUAGCAACGAUCGCGAGCGUGUUGGUGAAGCCGCUGAUGAAUUGAAUCGCAUGCUUUCCGAGGACGAACUGCGUGAUGUCGUCAUACUGGUAUUUGCAAACAAACAAGAUCUACCCAAUGCCAUGUCUCCGGCUGAGCUCACCGACAAAUUACGCCUUCGUGAAAUUCGAAAUCGACCGGUUCUAACUCGUGUAAAUUUGUUUUACUCCGGUGAAUCAUUUUCCAUCUCCAUUCCGCAUUGUUUUAAAUCAUUGAACGCAAUCUUCGUUUUGACUUUUCAGUGGUAUAUUCAAAAGGCAUGUGCCACCCAAGGACAAGGUCUAUAUGAGGGUCUUGAUUGGCUGUCCGCCGAAGUUUCCAAGCGCCCGUAG